CCGCCGCCGCCGCUGCUGUGACUGAUGCGCUGGGCAUAAGGGCGGGCGAGCGGGAGGCGGCGGUGGCGGCUGGCCUCUCCCCGCUUUCCUCCUCCCCCCCAUCCUCCUGGGCCGGCUCCAGAGUUGGGGAAGCGACUUCUUCGCCAUGGCCACCAGCACCACCGGCUCCACGCUGCUGCAGCCCCUCAGCAACGCCGUGCGGCUGCCGAUAGACCAGGUCAACUUUGUAGUGUGCCAACUGUUUGCCUUGCUUGCUGCUGUUUGGUUUCGAACUUAUCUUCGUUCAAGCAAAGCUAGUCCAUUUAUAAGGCAUGUUGUUGCCACCCUUUUGGGCCUUUAUCUUGCACUUUUUUGUUUCGGAUGGUAUGCCUUACAUUUUGUUAUACAAAGUGGAAUUUCCUACUAUAUCAUGAUCAUUAUAGGAGUGGAAAAUAUGCACAAAUAUUGUUUUGUUUUUGCUUUGGGAUACCUCACUGUGUGCCAAAUUUCUAGAGUCUAUAUCUUUGACUAUGGACAGUACUCUGCUGAUUUUUCUGGCCCAAUGAUGAUAAUUACACAGAAGAUUACAAGCUUGGCUUAUGAAAUUCAUGAUGGAAUGUUUCGAAAGGAUGAAGAACUGACUCCAUCUCAGCGGUGCUUGGCUGUGAGACGCAUGCCAAGUCUACUGGAGUAUUUAAGUUACAACUGUAAUUUCAUGGGUAUCCUGGCAGGCCCGUUAUGCUCUUAUAAAGACUAUAUUACUUUCAUUGAAGGCAGAUCAUACCAACUGACACAGUCUGAAGCAAAUGGAAAAGAAGAGAUAAAAUAUGAACAAACAGACCCCUCUCCAAAUACAGCUGUGGCGCAGAAACUCCUAGUGUGUGGACUAUCCUUAUUAUUUCAUAUGACUGUUAGCAAAACUUUGCCUGUAGAAUACAACAUCGACGAUCAUUUUAGAGCGACAGCAUCACUGCCUACGAGGAUUAUCUACCUGUACUUGUCUCUUAUGGCUGCCAGACCCAAAUACUAUUUUGCAUGGACUUUAGCUGAUGCAAUUAAUAAUGCAGCAGGGUUUGGUUUUAGAGGCUAUGAUAAAAAUGGAGUCUCACAUUGGGAUUCGAUUUCAAACCUGAGAAUUCUGCAUAUAGAGUUUUCAACGAGUUUCAAGAUGUUUCUUGAUAACUGGAAUAUCCAGACAGCUCUUUGGCUCAAAAGAGUAUGCUAUGAGCGAGCCACCUUCAGUCCAACAAUACAGACUUUUAUAUUGUCAGCAAUUUGGCAUGGGGUAUAUCCAGGAUAUUAUUUAACAUUCUUAACAGGGGUGCUAAUGACACUUGCAGCACGAACUAUAAGAAAGAACAUUAGGCACUACUUCGUCGGUUCUCCGGCCACUAAAUUAUGUUACGAUAUCGUGACAUGGAUGACAACUCAAGUAGCAAUAAGUUAUACAGUUGUACCAUUUGUACUUCUCUCUGUAAAACCAUCUAUCAAGUUUUACAGCUCCUGGUAUUUCUGCCUCCACAUUGUCUGCACCUUAGUGUUCUUAAUAUUUACAACAAAAAGAACUCAGAAAGGAAGUAGAGAGAAAGAAGGCAUCCAGUCCCCUUGGUCCAAAAAGCAAGAAGAGGACGAAAAAAGCAUAAUGGGACAUAAUAAUUAUUCUACAACAAAUAAUUUCAAUCAAAAACGAGAAAUCACACGCAGAAAUACAACAACGAAACAAUGAUUAGGAGAUACAAUGUUGGAUAUAUUUUAUAUUUUCAGAACCCAUUUAUAGUACCUUUUAAAGGGGUUUGUAUUUGUCUGAAAAGAUUAGUUUAAAAAUGCUAUAUCCCUAGGGAAUAUUGAAUACACUAGUAAGGAUGGAAACAAAGCAAAUUAAUCUCUCCCGUGCCAUGUUCCUGUGGAUCACGCCUUAUAGAAAAAAAAUUACCAUUAUUUCAAUGGGCACACAGGACUUACGUCCAUCGGGUCUUAGAUGUGCCCUCCGCUGAAUGUACGUUAUUUAUCCCAAGGCACUGAUGGAGGUGAUGAACAAAUUGUGUCAAUCCAGAAUAACAGCAGGAAAAGAAUUUUUUCAAGCAAAUGCCUUGCCUUAAACCCUCUGUGUACUGGAAUAAUGUUUCUAAGGGGUAUUUUCAUGUUUAAUAUUAAUAUGGGAAGCAUAAUUAAAAUGUAGGCUUUUGGGUGCUGAAUGACAAACUAGGAAAAUGGAAACAGAAAGUCAUUAGCCUCUGAAUCUUUAAAAGAAAUUGCAAUAAGCAGCUCAGUAUUUGGAGGGUUUUCUUAGUUAUCAGAUUAUCAUACAUGACUGCAGAUGUUACCAAUGCCAAAUUAUAGAAAGUUUUAGUUUGACAAACGUUCUCAUUACAAGUUUUAGUUUGACAAACAUUCUCAUUACAAAUAUUUUCUGAACUUGAAAAAUGUACCUUUUGUCCAGAGCAAAAUGGUCUCGUUUUUAAAAAAUUUAUUUUGCUCCUUCAGUACACAUGAAUUUUGCUGUUAGGUACAAGAUGGCACCUGCAGAUCUGCACCCUUCCAAUAAAAUUCCUCCUUGUUGUUAUAUACAAAGGAGUGAUCUUAAGAUAUAGUCACUUGGAAACUUUAUCAGAAGUGUAAAGAAUUAGUGUGAGAAAGUGCUUAUGAUAUAAGUAUAGCCAGAUUAUUUUAUGGUUAUAACUCAGUUUAUAUUAAACAAAAGAUGAAAUUGUUAAAUAGGUAUUGUGUAGUUCAUCUUUGACAUUACAUGGCCUGUAACACUGGAAAGCCCAUAGCUUAGGAUAUCCCUAAGCCAGCAUUUUGGAUAUGCAGAUCAUACUGUACUUUUUUGAUAAACGAUUCCUGCCCAUUCUGUUUUUUCACAGUUUUGUUUUAAAAAAAUCUAUCAAGGGAAAUGAUAAAUACCGGUCAUUUUAUUGUGAAUAUAAAUAAUGCUAAAGUAAUUAAGUACUAAAGGGCUAUGAUUUGCUUAUUCUGCAUAACUUCCUUUUCCUUUUAGUAAAUGCUGCAGCAGCACUAAUGAAAAUCAGGAUUGGAUUAUUUUAACCAUAAGAUUAAUUUUAUUUCUGAUUAUAUUUUGUGCUUCAGUUGCUGUGAAGUUAAUCAUUGACUUUUUUAAUUUUAAACGAGCAUCAAAGGUAAGGUCAGGUCUUCUCUGGUGUUAGUGACAUAGAGAACAAAGUAUCUGGAUAUAGAAAUGACAUCUUAAACUCACAGAACUACUCUUGAAUCAGGAAUAAGGACACACUAAUAAUGUUCUAGGGUUUGUUUUUUUAAUGAUGUGCCCCAUUAAUAUACUGGAUAUUUGGGGACAAAUUAACUUCUGUUAUGAAAGCUAAUGUACUUUAAUUACAUUGUUAAAAUGCAGAAAAGAGUAUGCAUUUGAAAAGCAGGUAGCUGUGCACAUUGAGAAGGGCUUGAAUAUUGACUGUGUCAUAUAAAGUAGUAAUAGUAUUAAAAGAGGUUUGUAUGUGUGUGAACUGGAUAACCCAUGUCAGAGGUUGAAGCAUAUUUUGCUCCAUCUCUAAGUGUCCAAGGAGAGUGCUUUUCUUUUCCUGAUUUAAGAGCAAAUGAGAGGCAGCCAUUCAUUUUUCUAUGGGGGGUGGGUGGGGGAAGAGGUGUACCCAGACAGAGCAGUGGUAUGGUAAUUAAACUUCACUUCAGUCUGUGCAGGUGUUGAGUUUCGGUUGGGAGAAGUUGCCUCCUCAACUGCUUACAGAGUUGCAGCCUAACUUUUUGUUCCCGUAAAACUUGGUGGCAACCAUUGAGAGCUGAAUGUUCUUGUGACUCACAUCCCUGGCUUUAAUAUAUCUCUAUAUGAAGGCCUGUCAAGUUCAUUGAUAGGGAGAAGAGAUGGAGAGCUCCAGUCCCCAAUGCCAUUCAUACCUGACCUCCCACCAUUAUAUUCACGCCCCACGUCAGUUAUCUGAACCUGCUCCUUUCUCUAGUCAGGUAAUGAAUGGGACUGGGAAAGUAAGAAUGGGAAUAGAAUGCUCUUCCAGCUAUGUCACCUACUAUUCUUGUCCAGGGCUGUACUGUUCAAGGGAAGGGCCAGGCCUCACUGGGGUGGCAGAAUGCCUGCUUUGCCUGCAGAAAGUUACAAGUUUAGACCUUGGCAUCUGCAGUUAAAGGGAUCAGGGAGGAGGUGAUGUGAAAGCUCUCAGUCUGAGACUGGACAGCUGCUGCCAGUCUGAGUAGACAAUACUGACUUUGCUAGACCAAUGGUCUGACUCAGUAUAAGGCAGCUUCGUGUAUGUGUGUGUUCCUCAUUGAGGCAGAGCAAGAACAGGAUUGGUUUUUCAAAUAUGGCUUGUACCAGCCAAGGCCUGUAAAAAGAGAUAAGAAAUGACACCCCCCCCCCCCGUGCUCAAGGACAGGAGAGGUGGCAAGGAAUGGAGCUUCCUUCAAACUCAUGACUGUCUUUCUGCUCCCCGCUAUGUUAUUUUAGAAUGAAAUUUUAUAUUUGCAUCAUCUUAGAGUCAAAUACAUUGUUUUGCACAUUUACUAGUUAGUUUUAACUUUUGUCCAUAAAAUAUUUUGUGUGCCAAAUUAUGUUAUCUGAUGCAAACCACAAAACUGGCAUGAUUCUUUUAUAUAUUUGGGCCUUGGCUUUAUUAUCUUUCAUUUUAUAGGUGAUGAAAAAUUCUGCACAAAAUAGAAUAAUUGAAUUUUUCUUCUGGAAUGUAAAGAGAAUUAGAAGUAGUCAUCCUUUAUAGCCAAAACCUGUAGGGGCUAAAUUUCAUUGAAAGCAGUGAAACUGAGGGUGCAGUUCUAAGAUUACUUUCCUUGGAGUAAGCCCUGUUGAGUAAAAUGGGACUUAAUUCUGAAUAGACCUGAAUAGAUCAGUUGGACUUGUGACUAACGUGUCGCAUUGUUUUCAGUGGGAUUCCAGCAAGACUGGCUUCAGGUGAAUUUGGUUCAAGUAAUAUAGACAAAAAUACUCUUAUUUAAAUAUUAUUUGAUAUUUUCAAAUUAUUUCAUUUCUGAAGAAAUCUCUUUACAAUUUUAGAAACCCAAAUUAGCCUCUUAUUUGUUGUUUAACUUUUGACUGCCACUUUAUAAAUUGGGCAAAGAUUUAUUUUCAUCUAUGAUGUUCCACAUAUCUCUGGUUAAACUGGAUCUCCUAUUUGUCUCUCAUGUGGUGCUCACACAGUUCUCCAUGUAGAAAAUUAUUUUAGUUACCUAAAACAAACUUUUACAUAAUGCCUAAUAUCAACUGCCGUCAGCUAUUAAAUUCUUCCCACGAUAUAUUCACUAAGGAAUUUACAGAUACAGCAGCUCUAUAUUCAGGCAGUGGCUGAGUUUUAUGUCUUAAGUGGAAUCUCUUUAAACCUUGGCUUCAUUUAGAAAUUUGACACUUAAAAAUUGUUUAAGUUGGUACCAUUAUUGUCAUUAUGUAAAUGAUCAAUAUCUCUUCAAGUUAAAAAUCCUACUGUAUGCUAUUCAGAUGAUAAACAAUGCACAGCAGGACUGUGAAGAGGAAGCAUAGCAAUAUUUUACGCACGCAUGCACGCGCACACAUGCACACACAGGAUGCAAAAGACUCUGUGCAUCAAAGCUUUUCAGACCCUCCCUAUUCCCAUAGCUAUUCCCUGAAUCCACUCCAAAGGAGGCCUUGAAAUCAAAGGACUUUCUGGAAAGGCUUUGAUGGAAAGAAAAAUAGAAACAUUGUCCCUCCCGUCCCUCCCCUGCACACGGAUAAACUUCUUUCCAAACAUGCAUGAGGCUCUUUGGUUUCUGACUUUAGUCUUUGACAGGGGAGUCCUAAGAAGAGUUACUCCAAUCUAAGCCCACUGAUUGCAGUUGGCUUAGACUGAAGUACUUACGAUUGCACUGUUAAAGUGCCACAGAACUCUUCAUUGUGCUUGCUGCAACACACUGCUGCUCUGGGACUUCUACCCUAGACACCCAUAAAAGUCACAUGCAGAACUGGAGGCAGGUAACUAGGGUUACCAACCUCCAGUUGGUGGCUGGCAAUCUCCUGGAAUUACAACUGAUCUCCAGGCCACAGAGAUCAGUUCCCCUGGAGAAAAUGGCAGUUUCAGAGGAUGAACUCUAUGGCAUUAUAUCCUACUAAGAUCCCUUUCUCCCCAACCCCACCCUCUUCAGGCAUCACUCUCUACAUCUCCAGGAAUUUCCAUCUGGAGAUGGCAACGCUACAGGUGACACAGGUGACACAGUUUUAUGGUAGAGGCUCUCAUUUCUUGGAUGCUUCUAAGCUAUGCCAUGAAAGUAAACCUUGUCUUUUGUGGGCUAGAGCUAGAGUAUACAGGUAAAGUGUUAUCUAGGCUGUAAGUUCUUUGGUGGGAGCAAUAGCAAAUGGCACUUCUUUCACAGUACUGCUAAGGUAGCUAGCUGGUUUUUUUGCCCCACAGUCUAGUAUGCAAGACACCAUUUUAAAGUGGUGUAAUUGAUGAUAUAUAUGAUAUGAUAUAUGAUAUGAAUUGAUCCUGCUAGCUUUCAUCAUAUUUUCAGUAGGAUUCUAGCAAGUGUUCUGUACCAUCAUCAAUGCAUUGCAUUUGGACUUUCUACCCCAAAGGUCUAUAUUAACCAAACAAGUAUACUUUUCCAAGUUAACGUUUUCCAUUUCUCACUUUUUAAAAAAAAUAUGCAUCUUAGAUCUUUCUCUACAAACAUGCUGUCCCCACAUUAGAGCGGCUUCUGAUCUGAGCAGCAAUAUAAUGUUGGAAUAUCAUAGCAAGGUGAAGAGUUCCUUCUAGUUGAGAUUUUGAUACUAUCCGAUACAGGCAGCUAGUUGCUCUUAAACCUCAAAUGCAGAGAGCCAGGCUAGAAGAUGGCUUCAAUUCUAGACACACUUUAAAACACUGGAAUCUCCCCCUCCCCCUUUUAUCAGAGUGAAAAUUUUAACUUUACUGCCAUGCCAGGCUAAAAAAUAAUACAUUUGUUACUUUUGGCACUUAAUUGGAGGAGCUCCUUCGUUUACCGUCUGGCUCACUUAGUUAUGAUCAGACACUUCUGGCUCAUCUUGAUUUAAGGUCUUGGCUGUUGAAUUUCUACUGCACUUAAAACAAAUGAGAUGAGCUGCUGUGUACAGGUUAGUAAUCUGAAAGCAUCAUGUAGCAGUGCAUAUCAAAGGUACAUCAAAGCUCUGGGCUUGAAGGGCGUUACAGAAGAACAUUUGCCUAAACAUUUUAUUUUCUGUCUUUGUGUGUGUCACAAACCUUUUAAAUGAAUAUUUUAAUUGCUUACUCCUUUUCCAUCUCCAUUGAUCUUGGCUAUUUCAAUGAAGUCUUUGGGUGUGUCUGACAGUGACACAAAGGUGUCAUACAAAUACAGUAGUAAGUAGUUAUUCUUGAAACCAGACCUCAAGUGUAUUCUAGUUCAGUUAGCGAGAGAACGAUUUCCAUAUGUAUUGAAUGGAAACCUAGUAUCCAAAUUUGCGAUGGAUGCAUAUAAGAUUGUUUUAAAACAUUAAAAUAUUCCAGAUAAGAGUGGGAUUCUAGCUAUUCCUACCUGCUGACACAACAAAAGGGUAGCUCAACGCAGUGGUAGUUACGCUCCUUGCCCUCUCAAACAUCUGCUUUUUGAGAUGAGAAUAUACAUCGAAAGUGGAUAGUUGCAGUAUUUCCUCAAUUUUGCCUUCCCUGGUUCAGAAUAUAAAGGCGUUAUCCAUGAAUUUCAUUUUUAUUAUUCCAAUAUAUAUAUUUUUAAAGAAUUGUUAUUUUUCAACAGAUCCAUAAAACCUAGGUCUUGGUGUAUGGUAAUUAAAAAUACCACUGUGUUAGUUUACACUGUGAUGUGAUAUUUUAAUAAUUAUUUCUAGUUUUGUCUCAGCAAUGCUACACAUCAGUAGCAUACUGCUAUGUUUUAAAAGUGUUUCUAACUUGCCUAUAAAUGUUUUUCUAAUUUGUGUCUUUCAAAUCUGAUUAAACUGUAGU